AUGAGGGAGCUGGUGGGGAGGCCCGGGACGUGGGGCGGGCUCUGGCUGCGGCUCGGCCAGGCCGCGCUCGCCGCCGCCUCCAUCGCCGUCAUGGCCUCCGCCUACGGCUUCGCCGGCUACACCGCCUUCUGCUAUUUGAUUGCGUCGAUGGGAUUGCAAGCGUUGUGGAGCUUGGGACUUGCAUGUCUUGAUGGAUACGCCCUUAAAGUCAAAAGAGAUCUCAACAAUGCUGUUUUAGUGAGCUUAUUUGUCGUUGGAGACUGGGUUACUGCGAUUCUCUCGUUUGCUGCAUCGUGCUCAGCUGCUGGUGUAACAGUUCUUUUUGAGAGGGACAUUUCUUUCUGCAGAAGAUAUUACGAACUGCCUUGUGGGAGAUUUCAACUCGCGACGGCAUUCGCUUUUCUGUCCUGGGCACUAAGUGCUACAUCAGCGGUCAUCAUGUUUUGGCUCCUGGCAUCCUUCUGA